AUGUCGGUACAUGGCACGGGGGCCUCGGCAUCAGCCUGCGCAAAGCACCUCGCGAACUGGUGUGCUUCAUUUGGAGUUCCAUCUUACUUGACAACAGACAGAGGUCCUCAGUUUACGAGCAAAUUGUGGGAGGAAACGACGAAAGCCUUAGGCAUCAAGCACCGCCUUACCACGUCAUACCAUCCACAACACAACGGUAAGGUCGAACGUUCACAUCGUAGUCUCAAAAACUCCAUCAGGGCAAGACUAGACGGACGCAGUGAUUGGCUGGCAGAACUGCCGUGGGUUCUCCUAGGGCUACGGAACAGCCCGAACACCGAUUCUGGGAUAAGCCCGGCCGAGUUGGUUUUUGGCGAACCACUACGCCUCCCAGGCAACCUCCAGGCCAAGCCGGCCAGCAUCAGCCACGAGACUUGGGCAGCUCAACUGAGGAACUCCAUUUCGGCCCAAAGCGCUCCUUCCCCUGAGUGGCACACGGCAACAAAACCAACGAGUUACAUUCCAAAGGACUUAGACCGCUGCGAGCAAGUGCUCAUAAGACAGGACAGAACCGUGCCGAGCUUACGACCAAAGUAUACAGGACCAUUCCCAGUGCUACAGCGCAGUGACAAAGUGUAUGAACUAAUAGUCAAUGGAAAACCGGACAAAGUUAGUGUUGACAGACUGAAGCCAUUCUAUCCAACCACGGAUUCGACGACUGGGAGGGGGCUAUGUAGGGAGUCCAACGAGUCAACAGUCGCCGAACCCUCGUAG